AUUAUUUUUAGAACACUUCCAGAAAUUACGAUCAAAACCUGCCCAACUGUAUUGAAAGAUACCGAAAAAUUGCAUGAAGAAUUAGACAAGGAGGAGGGUGUAUUUAUCUUAGAUGAUGACGACAAAUCUUUUGAAAUGGAAGAACUUAGCUCCACUAUAAUGGAUCCUAAAAUAUUUAAACAAUGCCGAUCCUCUUAUGGUGAAUGUGAACAAGCUGCUAAGGACAGAGAUGAGAUAUUCAAGAACGAACAAGCAGCUUUCCCAGAAAAAAAUUUAGACGAAUUUGACCCAGAGUUACCGAAAGGACAGAAGGAGGGGAGUCCAAUGAAAAGUGAACAUCUUUCAUCAUCGCAACGCCACGAAAAACAAAUCAUGAAUUGGAAAAAUUACAUUGAAACAGCUGAGGAGUUUGUAGAAUCCAGGGAACUUAUUACAACUGAUCUUGGAUCCGACCACUUUCAUGAUAAAGAUAAAGUACCCAACGUAGUCGAGUUAAAAGUUGAAAGUGGUCCCCCUUCAGCUGUAUGGAAGAACCCAGAUAAUGUCCUGCCAUGUAAUGAUACAGAAACAUCAUGUAAACCUACAAAGGAUGAACCAAAUGAAAUAAGUCCAGAUGAGUACAGAGAUUCGGUUGUCAGCGCGGAAGAUGGAUCCCUUGGUGGAAUAUUAAAGAAAGAUGUACAAGAUGGUGAAUCUGUCGACAUACAGAAAAAAAACAAUAGUUGGCAAACAAACGACAGCAAUAGCAGCUUGGGCGAUGCUACUUCUGCUGGUAGCAACAGCACGUCGCAACCAGCUGAUAAAUCAAGAGGGUCCAAAGACGAUUCCCUAACUAGAGACCGAUCCAGCUCCAACAAGAGAGUAUCUUUUACGUACGGUCAAUUAGGCAACGAAGACGAAGUAUCGUACGAUCCGAAUUUUUUUGAUCAAACCCAAAGGGAACACAUUAAAAGCGUCAGUAACACGCACAUAUUGCGAAGCAUGCAGAACAGAUUUUUCGAUAAUCCUCUAUUGAGCGUAUUAAGCGCGUCCGAACUGAUCGAAGAAAAAGACGAUGAAGGCAAAACAAAGGAAUCUACGAACCUUGGUGUCCAAGCGAAGACGGCCUAUAUGACACUGGCAGAACGUUUUGACGCUUUGAAAACUGACAAACUUGGCCCCUAUUUGGCACGAGUUAUGUUACUUCGGAAAGAAUUGCUGGAACUUCAUUACGAGAAUCCUGGCCUGUUUCAGGCAAUAAUUUUUACUGACGGCGAUCCAAAUAAAUGUAUAGCAAUUUUGAAAGAAAUUACAAAGCAUUUGGUAGAAACGAAUUCUCUAUCUAGAAGGCAUGAUGUUGAGCAAAAUUGUCAGGAAUACAAAAAUUAUGUCAACAGAAAAUUUGAGGAACUAAAAAUAUUUGACAAUCGUUAUACGAGAUUAUACGAAGAUGUUUUUUUGGUUUGA